UUCACCUUUCAUUCAGAACCUAAAUUGAACCUAACUUCAACGUCUUGAAAAUACGGAUAGUAGAGGUCUUUUUAACGUCAUUUUUGCUUACUUGGGACAAUUCUCGUAAGGGGCGGAUAUUUUGUUGUCUCGCCGAGCGCGACCAGGACCGUCACAUGAGCACUUUCACUUUCCAAAGGUCAACGUCAUUUGAAGUGGCCUUCCGUGCUGGCGGGAGAUGUAUUUUAUCUUCGAAAAUAACAACAACAACAUAUUGUAGGCCGCAGAUGAAAACGUUUUGAUUGCGUCCAUCGUCUAAACUGGAAUGUAGUGUUUUCGUCUCGAAUGCUUUUGCGCGUCUACAGUCUGAAUGAAUCUAUCCACCCUGGGCCUGUAUUGAAAUGUAAAGAGCCUACAAUCAUACUUUCAUUUCUGAAUAUAUAUGUGCAACCCAAUAUGAACCUGAUCAUUAAUUAUUCAGUGAACUGAAUUGAAGAGGGCAACAGCAGUUGCGAUCGGCGCCAAUGGACCCGUUGGAUUUUCUGACAGAUAAACAGUUACUGCAGUUUUUCUGCUGUAGUAAAACAGAAAUGUCGUGCAUGGAGCAACCACACACCUUUCUUAACCAGCUCCGAGACCACCACCUCAUUCCGGAGAAAAUGCACAAGAAGCUGAUUCGGUGUAGGAAUAAGGCGGUGAGGGAGAAGGGUGUGUACCAGGUGUUGGACUGGGUGGCAGCAGAGAGGCCCAACAGCAUCAAGGUGUUCUGGAACUGUGUGUUCAGGGACCACCUCCUGCUGCAGUACCCCACGUUACGCCUGCUCCGAAACCGCCUGCUGAACGGGUCGUUCACAUUUUAUGAGAAUCUGCCAGAGAAGAUGGAGAAGGAAGAGGAGGAGGAGGAUAAGAAGAAGAAGGCUUCAGCGGAUGAAGAAGAGGAAGAGGAGGAGGAGGAGAAAAAGACAGGAAGGAAAAGGAGUAAAAAGAAAAGUGAGAGUGCAGAGAAGGGCAAGCCCAGCACGUCCACCCAGUCCACCCCCAGUCAGAAGAGGAAAGUCCAGAGGGUCAAAAACUGUUCUCCGUUUUGCAAGGGGGAGAAAUCUGACAUCUGGACCUGGCCCUUCUACAAGAUCCAGCUCCCAGUCACCUGUGGGGACAAGGAAGGCAUGCUCAUCAGAAACAAGCUGGCCACAGGGGAGAGGUGCAUUGUGGUCCAGGGUCGCUGGUUCACCCCAAGUGGCUUUGAGGAGUUUGGGGGGAAGAAGAGCAGAAAGAACUGGAAGUACAGUAUCCGCUGUAGAGACACCACUCUGGGAGAACUGAUCCAGGGAGGUCAUUUAACUUCACCAGACAUUAAAAGAAGAACGAGUGCACAGGAUCACCACCCUGGUUCCUCAUCCACUGUUCGGAGGUCCCUACAAAUGAAUAGAACAGUAACACAUCAUGGUAAUUCAGCUUCUGCCAAGAGAGCACUGUUUCCCUUCAACCAAUCAGCGGGCUCAAUCACAGAAUCUGAUGAGGAUGACAAUGAUGAGGAGGAAGAGGAGGGAGAAGAAGCUGAGCAGCAAAGAGAAGAAGAGAGAAGAGAUCAGGCAAACACUGCUGGAGAGAGCAGUACAGGAGGCAGCCAUUGUGGUGUGAAGAAGUCUGUCUUCAAAGUCACCUGUGGAGCCAUCAAUGGAAUGCUACAUAAGGAUCGGUUUGCAUCAGGGUCGUGUGGAAAGAGCAUCCGUACGGAGCUGCGCUGGAUGACCCCGGUGGAGUUUGUGAAGGGGGAGUCAGCUCUGGAAGAUCCCUCCUGGAAGAAAGACAUCCAGUGGGACGGGAAACCACUCAGCCUCCUCAUCAAGAGUAAGAUCUUGGUCAUCCACUCUCUCCUGUGUAAGUGCAAGCUGUGCAGCUCCACGGCCAAAGACAGGCAUGAUCAGGAUAAUGAUGACGACUGCUUCAUCUGUAGAAGCCAGGGUAGCUUGAUAUGCUGUGAUGAGUGUCCUCGCUCCUUCCAUCAGAGAUGUCAUCUUCCUAAUGUGGAUGAUGCUAUCCUAUGGGAUGAUUGUCCGUGGAUGUGUACAUUCUGUGUACUGAGGGCCAGUCAGCCGUGGCGCUACCCCAAACAAAUGACCUACCAGGAAGCCUUAACCUGCCGAAUCUCAGACCACCAACUGGAAUGCCAGUACCUCCUGCUGUGUCUAUACCAUGCGGACGAGGAACACAUCGCUGUGGCAGAUCCUUGCAUCAAUGUGAGAAACUACACCAGUGUGAUAAAUACCCCUAUAUGGCUGGACAGGGUUGUGGAGAAGCUGCAGCAGAAUCUCUACCAGUCUGUGCAACACUUUGUGUCUGAUGUGUUGCUUAUCUUCACCAACUGUGCCACAUUUAACAGGGAUAAUGCAGAGUACUGUGUGAUGGGUGAAAGAUUGAAGGAUCUAUUUGAGAGAGAGUUCAAGAGUACAUUCAGCAUCCAACUUCAGCAUCCAACUGCAUCCAACAGCCAGUAGAGCCUUCAUCAAGUCUGUACUGUUAUCUCACUAUGAGACAACAGGGAAUAUUCACCAUGCCCUGGUCUUUCUAUACAGCCUUCAUACAGACUUGCAUGUACAUUAUUAUCCAUCUAGUCCUUUCAUGAAUUUCUUUCAUUCGUUCUGGCAGUCAAAAUGGGUGUGUGAUGAUAAUUGAAAUAGAAUGAUGGUGAUAACAUUGCAUUUCACACAGUAAAUGUUGCUUUGCUAACUUCUCAUACAAGAGCCUUAGAAUUCCUCACCUUCCAGGUUCUUACUUCUGGUUAGGCCUCACUAGAUUCAUGUCCAGGGAUUCUAGCGAAAAUAAACUCAUGAAUUUCUAAAACAUUGUACAACAUAGUACUUGUUUGACUGUGUAGGCUACCAGAAUGUGGUUCUGUUGAGGAGAAUAUCAUCAGACAGAGCAGCAGCACCCUCUUCAGGGCAGUUAGGUCAGCGGGUGCUUUGGGUCUCUGCCCUCAUGCAGGACCUGCAUACGCUGCUAAUGUAACAGUUGUUAAAGUACUGUGUGAAUUUCACCAGGUUCAUAUAUUAAUAUGGCAUGUUUAUUUGUUAUUAUGCAUGCCUGCAUCCUGGGAGUAGGGGAGUGUGUACUUACAUUUUGCCCUGCGUGCCUCGUGCUCAAAUCAUUUUGAUGCGCUAUGAGAGGUAGGCACGUUUUUUCUGUCGUCUUCAGAAAAAUGUGAUUAUUUUAAGCACAAAGUCAUACACACAGUGUUUUGUUCAUGAAUAAAUGUUGUAUAUUUAGAUGUUA